GGAACGACACUGCGGCACACUUUACGGCAUACACGUGCUUCCUGCGCUCUUCUGUGCCCUUCACCGCUCCGCGUCGGAUCCAGAGACGAUCUUUGAGCAAAUCUUGAGUGAAAUCAUGGCCAAACUGAGCAAAGAGAGCAAGCAGCGUCUGCAGCAGGUGUUCCAGUGCGGCCAGUUCAUCAUCCGCUGGGGCUUCAUCCCCACCGUGCUGUACCUGGGAUUCAAGCGGGGAGCCGAUCCAGGGAUGCCUGAACCCACAGUCCUCAGUUUGCUUUGGGGAUGAAGACGCUCCUGACGAAAACUACAAGACUCCAUGAAGACUGAUCUGAACUGUGUGCUGGGGUGUAAAUACUUCACUGUCACGUCCACACAAGGCUUUUGUGUUAUUUUAAGACUUUUCUGGAGUUCCUCUUUCUGAAACAUUGCAUUGAGAAACAGACAAAAAUGUUUGCUUUGUUUUCUUUUUUAUUGAAUCUUUGAAGAUCAUUGUAAACAUUCAGCAUGUUCUCACAUUCCGUUUUAAAUAAAUUAAUCAAUUUCAUAAAUGCAUUCAUCAGCACUGACCUUCGAUAGCGUGCAAAUGAGAAGUAAAUAGAAAAUACUAGCACAUAAAUAUUGCAUUUAUAAAUAUUAAUAGUGCACAACCUUCAAUAAGUUAAUAGUACAGACUCAUAAAUAUUAAAUUAUUCUGCUCUGAAUGAAAUAUCUGCGAUUGUUCAAUAAAUAAAAAGAAUAGCUGAAUAAAUUAGUUCUUGUCAGAGCUCCA